GCUGAAUCCUGAAGGAUCCUCCCGGAUGCCCAAGCUGAGUUACCUUGGGGGCCGCCCGCCCCGUGCCCCCCGGAGACUCUUGGGAGGACUAGAUGGAGAGCCCUUGACGGGAGAAGGCAGGCUGCGGGGAGCAGGCGAGGCUGGGAAAGUCGGGCUCCGGCGCCACGCAGCCUGCGGUCUCUGGGCCGGCUCCCAGCCCUAAGAGUGAAGUUACAGAAGAAUCGCCUCUGUGGAAGAAGUUCUCACACCAGGAGUCCCUGCGUCACCUGAAUCACGGGCAUUCCUGUUCCUAAUCCUCUACGUCCCCCCCCCCCAAAAAAAAGGCACCCGUAGAGACUUAGAAGUCAUCUAAACCAAUGUAUAUGUGCAUUUUACAACUGAAGACAUAGAGGCCCAGAAAAGAAUAACCGCGUGCCUCAGUAGCAGAGUGCAAACUAGGACCGGGUUCACGUCUUAUAAGAAGGACCUGGUUGGGAACGUGUGGGCGCGCACUAAGUUAUCAACUGGAGACUGAAAGCAGAGAAAUAAAAUGGAGUCAGAGUUAGUUUUGAAUCUUCGUCGGCAGCUCAGAGAGGCUGAAGAAGAGCGGAUGAAAGCAGCACAGUAUGGUUUACUGCUGUUGGAGAGCCAAAGUGAGCUGCAGAACCAAUUGGACAAAAUGAGAAGUGAAAUAAUGACCACAACAGAGAAUUAUGAACAAGAAAAAUUUACUCUUCAUCGAGAAGUUGAACUUAAAAACCGCAUGUUGGAGAGUUUGAACUCUGAAUGUGAUGCUAUUAGGCAGCAGCAGAGAUUACAGCUGGAUACAUUGGAAGAACAGCUGUCAAGGAGCCACGGGCAGGAAGUGAACGAGCUGAAAAACAAGAUAGAAAAAUUGAAAGCUGAGUUAGAUGAAGCCCGACUAAGUGAAAAACAAUUGAAACACAAAGUAGAACAUCAGAAAGAAAUCUUGUCUGCUAAAUCAGAGGAACUGCGGAUAAUGUCUGAGCGUGUACAUGAGACUAUGUCUUCCGAAAUGCUGAGUCUUCAGAUUGAGAUAACUGAGUUGGAAAGUGUAAAGGCCAGCCUUGAAGAAAGAAUGAAUGAGCUGCAGUACAGACAAGAACAACUAGAACUUAUUAAUAACAACUUACAGCACCAACUAGAAUGCCUUCAAGGGGAAAAAGAAGACAGAGAGAAAGAAGUUGUUUCUUACUUUAAUGCAUUAGAGAAAGCUCGCAUAACUAAUCAGGAUCUACAGGCACAAUUGGAUCAUGCAUUGCGGCAGGCCUUGGACCCCAACAGUAAAGGCAACUCUUUGUUUGCAGAGGUGGAAGAUCGGAGGGCGGAAAUGGAACGACAGUUGAUCAGUAUGAAAGUCAAGUAUCAAUCUCUUCAAAAACAGCACUCGUUUAAUAGAGAACAGAUGCAGAGAAUGAAGUUACAAAUUGCCACACUGCUCCAGAUGAAAGGGUCACAAACAGAAUUUGAGCAGCUGGAACGCUUGCAGGCUAUGUUAGAGCAGAAGAAUGGUGAAGUAGAAAAUCUUUUAGUGAAAAUAAAGCAGCUAGAGAAAUUUAAGAAUUUAUAUGAAAACAUGGAAUCUAAGCCCUCUAAUAGCUCGUGUACUCCAGAGGAUAAUACAUAUUAUAUUGAUUUACUUCAAAUGAAGCUUGAAAACUCAAACAAAGAGAUUGAAAAAGUUAGAGAUGAACUAUCCUUACAGCGGAUGAAGGCAUUAUAUGAGAGCCAGCGGGUUUUGGAGGUAGAGAGAAAGCUUUUUGCAAAUGAAAGGCAUCUCCAGCUUUUCCAAAGUGAAAAUAUGAACCUGAGAGUUAAACUAGAUGAACUGCAAAUGAAAUAUGAACCUGAAGAGCCAGUUGAAAUACCUGUACAUAAAAAAAAGUGUGAGAAAUUGCCCCUGGAUGUGCCUCUGUCUAAAGAUGAAGCUUCGGCUAGCACUGUCCUAGAAGACCCUUCUAACUUAACCUCUGACAGUGAGACCAACUCCUCUGCCAGUAAUCUAGGAGGAGAAAACCAAAGACCGUCAGAGAAUUCUGGGAAUUCAGCUGUGACACUCUCUCUCCCCAAAACCCCACCUGUGGAUGAACAACCUCUGAAGGAAAAGAAGUGCGUGAAAAUCAUUGGCAUUACGUCCAGUCCAAAAGUUUUACUUGAAAGAGAUGGCAACGCUGCUAAUCCUUCCAGGUCAGUGACCUCUCUAGUGUCUCCUCAAGGCAGUGGGCAGGCACCUUCAUCUGUUUUCUUUCGCUGCAUGACCUGUGCUCUCCGUUUCUUUGUCUGUUUUCUUGGUGUUGCAUGCAGUGUGAUCCUUCAGCUUCACCUGCCUCCCUUCAACUUUCCCAAAACUCUAAAAAAGACUAAAAUGAUCUCAGGUAGAAAGGACUCAUAAGCAGUGCAGCUCUGCUCUCAAAUUUAGAAUUGCCUUUUUCAUGUAACAAGAUUAUUUUGUCUUUAAAAUAGAAACAUCACAGUAAAUUUACUAACAUGUUCUUUGAAUGAAUAUGCUACUUUUACUAGUUUAGUAGUAGCCAUGAGGGGAACUUUCACUUGCCUUCUUUCUAAAGGAACAUGUCCUAAGAAACUUCAUCUGGGAGAAAAAUUGUUUUAACCUUUGAUUUGAUCCUGAGUAAGUUGUCAGUUUUUGAAGUUUAAGUAUCUUUGAUAGAUACUAUUCUGUUUCUAACAAUCAAAGCUAAUCCAUUUUAGUUUUAUCAUUUAAACUUGUCCCUGUAAAGCAUUUAGUCUCUACAUGAUUAAAUGUGGGUGUUACCAAGGUACAGGAAACCUUCUGAAGGAAGUGUCUUUUUGAGGGCCUAGUUACCUUAAGAGAUAAAAAGAGAUAGGCUUUGGAUAAAGGAGUUUCUGAAAAGAAGUGAGUAAGAGCAAGUUAGUGGAAUGGGUUGAUGGGAUAAAAUAGUAAACUAAGGAAGUUUGGAUGAUUGAGUCUGUGAGUAGAGAAGAAUAGAAGUGUCAAAUUAGUGGAAAGAAACUGUGUCCAGCAGAGGUUAUUGACUUCUGUAGUCUUAGCUUUGGUGUGAAAUUAGGGUAAGAAUGCCACAGUCUGCCUAAGGCUGGACCAAGGUGUGACUCAGAAGAAAAAGGAAAGGCAAAUGGAAGGAAACUGCCAGGAGAAGAAGAAGGGGCUAUGGAAGGAGAAGAGAAGGGAGAAAAGGGAUAUGAUAAUGAGGAAAUGGUAGAAUCGACUUCGGGGUGCCACAGGGUUGCCUAUGCAGGAAUUUUAAAGUACUGCUGUUGUAGAUGAGUGGGAAAAACUGAGAAAGUUAUCUUAUAAUAACGGAAUAAGAGACUCCACCUUGUAAGGCUACUUUAUGUACUUAGCCUUAAUCUUUUUUUAAUCAGCAGGCAAUAUUUAUUCAAUGUCUAUUGAAUGUAGAGGAGAAUGGAUCUAAAUGCUGUAGGAGAGAAUAUAACAAUUAAGCUCUCUUUGGCUUCAAUAAAAACAUCGAUCGUUAUUUAUUUAUUUUGCCCAUGCAAUUAGCCUAAUAUUAAAAGGUAGAAAAUAAGACCUAAAUUUAGUAAUUUUGAAACACAUGAUCAAUUCUUCAUUGUUUUGCAACUGUGUAAUCUCAGUGUUGUAACUUUUAUAUUAGGAUGUCUCUUAAUACAGCAUUUACAAGUUGAAGUGUUCUAAUAUUAAUUCCUUUCUCUGAAUGUUGAACAAAGCAUGUACAACUUGCUUUACUGGCAGUGUUACCUGUAAGGUACAUAAUAUGUAACUUUGGCAGUUCCAAAGCCAGAAUUUUAAGAAACAGUAUCUGAGGCCGCAUUUUCCAGAUGUUGUUAAAGUCAAGUCAUCAAGUUAUAUUUAACUUUUCUAUGUCUGUGCUUCAUUGUAUAAGUAUGCUUGAUUUCUGUAUGUUUGUGUAGGAGUCUCUCGGAAUUGAAUAAUGCAAACUUUGCUGCUUUUCUUUAUUGCUUUUUUGUCAGUCCUUUACAAAUGUGGUAAAUUUAUUUAAGCAAAUAGCUACUUAAUGUUAAAUGAGUGCAUAUUUAUGUAGCACACUAACAUUUUUCAAGUCCACAAAAGAAUCCCGAAAUACUACCUUUUUUUUGUGACCACUUGCCCAAUUAGGACUUUCUCUAGUCUUUGGAAAUGAUUAUUAUGCUGAACUACAUAAUUAGACAUAUAUAUAUGAUAUGAUACUAAAGCAAUUUCAAUGCAUUUUAAAUCAAGCUAAAAUUCAGGUUUAUAUGAUAUUUCCUGUCUUGCAUGCUUGACUCAUAAAAUUGACAGACUUGUUAAAAAGAAUCAACUUGGUGGUAAUGGUGUUUAUAAUGUACAGAUUCUAAAAUCCACUAAUCGCAGCUUUCUUUGCAUGUGUGCAUGAUUGUCCACAGUGUAUGUAUGUAUACUCUGUGCUGUUUUUUGGGCUUUUUUGUUUGGUGAAUAGGCACAGCAUGCUGGUUACAGCCUGAUUGUUAGACUUGUUCAUGGCUGGUGAAUUAUUGAUUUAUAAAGAGGAAAUAAUGCUGGAUUUGAAAUUGAGGGCCUGUGUUUGAAUCCUGACUCUACUAUUUAAUGAUUUUGUGACCUUAGAUAAAUCAGUUAACCUGUUAGGGCCGCCUUUCUUCAUCUGUAGAAUUGGUUGGUUGAAAUAAGUAACUUCCAAAGAGGUCCCUUCCAGCUCUCAAUCUAAGAUGAUAUUUAAAAUAAAAAAAGCUAGUAACCUUUUAAAUGAAAAGUACAAAUGUAAAAAUGGUCCCCUAGGUGAAACAAUGACUGGACCUUUUUAACGGUCUGAGAAUACUCUUUGUUUUUUAUUUGUGAGGGGAUAUAGUUUGGCUGAGUCACUAAAGUUCUUUGCAGUAGAAUUUUUAUUUUGAACUUUCUUUUCAUAAAUAAUUGGAAUUUAGAAUGGAUGCU